UCUUCAAUCUUGCGAAUGGCGAUCCUGCACAGAAUUCAUUGAAUUCGCAUCAAAGAUAUCGCAUUAAACCCACAUUAGCAUGGCCUUUCAACCUUAAAUCAAUUGAUAAGACUGUUAGAUACUGUUUGCAUUACACAAAUACUGUGAUCGAUUCCUUUAUAUGAUUGCCUGGAGAGCAUUUUAGAUUGCUAGCGUUGAUGACCUAGUUUUCAGUCCAAACAAACACAAAAUAUGAGUUUGAUAACCAUAGUGCGUGUCGGGGAUGGCAGUGCAAAGCCGAUUGCUAUCAGUGAUGGCAAGACUGUUAUUGGUAGAGGUCCUUUUUUGCAGGUGACGGAUAAACGGGUUUCCAGGAAUCAUGGAGUACUGGAAGUUUCCGAUGGGAAAUUGUAUCUUACACCUACGCACACAAACCCGUGUUUUUUCAAAAAGACUUCAAAUAGCAGUGUAGAGAUCAUGAAGAAAGAUGACAAACGCUUGUUGGAAAAUGGUCACAUCUUUGGUCUUCUGCCAGACAGCCUCUAUUUCAAAGUUCAGUGUCCAGCUACACAGAAUGGAACUAAUAAAAGCAAAGCAAAGAAUGAAGAGGAGGAAAUGAGUGAAGAAGAGGAAGAGCCAAAAGAGGAAGAGUCUCCACAGAAACCUAAACCCUGGCAGACGGUAAAGACUGAUGAUGGGAAGGAGAUGACAUUGCCGCUAGAGAAGAAAAGGGCAUUGCCUGCCUGGAUGGUGCAGAUGGCGAAAGCAGCCCCACCUGUCGCUAAACAAGCUCCAGCUAGACAAACAGCAAAAACACCUACCAAACGGAAAAAGGAUGACGAUGAUUAUUCUCCAGCCAAAAAGAAAACACCAGCACGGGGAGAAACAAGCCGACGAAGGAAGACGGAAAGUGAAGAAGAUGAAGAUUAUGAUGUUGAAGAAGACGAGGAGGAAGAAAAAAUUACAACAAAACGAGGUCGAGGAACAACAAAAAAGAAGUAUAAUGACGCCAGUGACGAUGACUUGGAUGAUGACUGGGAGGCUGAGGAGGAAUACAAGCCGAAGAAGCGAACCCCGGCCAAAUCUCGACAUACUCCUAGAGCCAAGCCAAAACCCCGCAGGAAAGCUAGAGAGUCGAGUGAAGAGGAAUCGGAGGAAGAUUUGCCAAAAAAGAAGCGUGGAGGGAAGGCUCGAAGGGCAAGAGGUGGUUCUUCAGAAGAUGAAAUGCCAAGCACGUCCGCCAGGGCAACACGAGGUGCUAGAGCUAAACGGAAAAGCUAUGUUGAUGAUUUUGUUGAUUUCUCUGAUGAUGAGGACAUUGCUAAGGGUUCACUGUCUAAAGAUGAAGACAGCGACUUUAUUUUAGAUGAGCAAGAGGAAUCAGCUAGUGAUUGGGAAAUGGACAGUAAAAAAUCUUCCCAGAAAAAGAAUCAGGGAACUCCCAGCAGAAGAUCUUCUCGCACAGUUGGCAGAAGAAAAAAGUACAAAGACUCUGAUGAAGAAUCGGUCUCAGAAGAUGAAUAUGUCCCACGCUCCACUAGAAAGAGACAAAGAGGAACUAAACACCGUGGACAUGGGCGGCGGAGAAAGAAAUCGUCGAGUGAAGAAGAUGAAUCUAGUUCAGAUGAUUACGUAGCACCAAAACGAGAUCCUAAAACUAAGAAACGAAAAGAUUCCGGAUCAGAAGAAGAGUCGGAAGAAGAAACUCCAAAAAAGAAAGCGCUGGCUAAGAAGGAAAAGAAAAAAGAGAUGUCUGAAAGUGAAGAAGAAGAAGAUGAUGAUGAUGAUGAAGGUGGAAAGAAAGAUAAAAAGGACAAACGAGAUGAGGUGAAGAAAGUGAGACAACUCAAGAGUAAGCACAGACCACCCUGUAUGUUUGGCAAAAAAUGUUACAGGAAAAACCCAGAGCAUUUUGCUGAGUUCAGUCACCCAGGAGAUGUGAGUUAUGAUGAACAGUCGGACUUGGACGAGGAAGAGGAAAGACGUGACUGUCCGUAUGGAAAUAAUUGUUACAGAACUAAUAUUAGUCACCUAAAGCAAUAUAAACACUACACAAGGGACAGGGAGACAAAGCAGGAUGCACAACUUCCAACAGGUGACCAGGGCAAAGGGGACGAAGAAUCAACUGGUCCUAACACUUAUGAUUAUAAUGACAGUUUUAUAAACGAUGAAACACAGAACAAGUCUGGAGAUGAUGAACCUUCGGAGAGUGACCAGGAUGGUUCAGAGGAUGAGGAGGAGGAUGUUAAACAGUUGAAAAAAGAGGCAAAGAAAUUUGUUAAAAAUGAAAAACUGACAAAGCCUGUGUGACACUUGAUGGUGUGGUUUGGCAGCUGUUUGGAUCUCGUUCCAUUGUAAAUGUCAUCAUAUUUUCCAUAUUGAAGGAACAGACUGGUCUCCUGGUUAAUAGAAUCCUGUGUAAAAAAAAAAAAUUGAACCAGUCAAUUUUGUGUUGUGCGGCUGUUGACAUGGAAUAUUAAAGGAAUAUUCUUAAUUCUGCAAAUAGUUGAUCACGUUAUACAUAUAUGUUCCACAUUUUUUUUCCAAAGUGACAGCUUGAUGUAUAGGUUUCAACAUUUUAGUCAAAGUUUUCCUUCAGUGUAAGUUGACAUAAAAAAUCAUGUAAAUGGGAAUUAUUUGUAACUGUUUCCAAGUACAACAAGGAUAUUGAGGGUGAAUUAGUAUCUGCUGUAAGAGAAAACAGUACUACCUAUUGGUGUUCUAAUAAGCUAAUAAAAAAUAUUUGAGCGAUUACAUUACUUUUCAUCCAAGAACAUUAUAAACAAAUCUAAAUUUUGCACUUACACUUGUUAAACAAACUCACACUUGUUAAACAAUGUUCCAGAGUGGUGCAAUAUGAUUUUUGUUGUGAAGUACAUGAAAAAUCCUGGUAUUGGCUUCAUCCCUCGAUUGAAACUCCAAAGUGAUAGCUUAUAGAAGAAGAAUAUGUAAGAACAUUAGAAUCAUUAAAACUGUUUCCAUUAAAGGUAGAUGUGUUAAUAGAUUUGUUAUAGGCAUGGUGCAUGAGCUUAGCAAGAGUUUAGUAAUAGAUUUAUAGUAGAGCUUUACGAAGCCCUCUAUCUCUGAUUCAUGUGGAGAAGUUGGCAGUUACUUGCGGAGAACAGGUUAGUACUGGUACAGAAUCUAGAAACACUGGUUGGGUUAACUGCUUGCCAUUAUAUAACAAAAAUACUGUUGAAAGACUAUGUUUUACCCAAAAGCCAAAACAAAAAAGAAGCUGUAAGAGCAGUUUUACUCUGUUUAAUAAAUAGAGGGUAUUUGUUUCAGUCUAAGAUCUAAAUAUGUUUUACUGAGGGUAAAAUAGGUGCAUUAUCAAGUGAAAUGUAUUUUGAUCUUGCAUGUAAGAGAAAUAAAUUUUCUUUCUUUAUUUGAGCCGCUCCAUGAGAAAACCAACAUAGUGCGUUUGCGACCAGCGUGGAUCCAGACCAGCCUGCGUAUCCGCGCAGUGUGGUCAGGAUCCAUGCUGUUCGCUAACAGUUUCUCUAAUUGCAAUAGGCUUUGAAAGCGAACAGCAUGGAUCCUGACCAGACUGCGUGGUUGCGCAGGCUGGUCUGGAUCCAUGCUGGUCGCAAACGCACUAUGUUGGUUUUCUCAUAGCGCGUCUCAUUUCAUGUAUCUUGCAAUGGCUUUAACCAAGUUUAUCCAUUAUUUAGUUUUGUGCCUUUGAAAUAUGUAUUUUAGAUUUUUCACCUCGAAAUACCAGACAUAAUGUGCUUUAUGUUUCAUUCAUUCACUGAAAGACAUGUUCUAAUGGGUGUAUUUUUCAGUAGCUUAAAAUAAGUUGUGCAAUUUCACACAACAAUGACAACAUGUAUAGAAUUUAACACUGCAAUGGAAAAUAGUAACCUCUCCAGCCUGAAUGUUGAAAAUGUUUUUGUGCAUUUAAUAACGAAUUUUAUCAGAAAUAUAUAUAUAAUCUGUAUUCUAAAUCUCAGUAUUUUCUAUCACAGCAUUUUGAGAAUUAUUUUUAGAUGACAUUUAUAUUUCUGCGGGAAAUAUUUUCUAUAUGUUGGUUUAACACAUUUUUUUUAAAUAUGAAAGAUAUCAGGUUAGUCCUGUAGAAACGAUAUGUUCUGAAGGUUAAUUUAAUUAAACUUACUGUUCCUUGUGUUAGCCAGGCUGAGAACGAGAUUAUAUACCAGUUUUACUGUUUGAUCCACAAAAUAUCUGUUGCAGGGUGGGUGGGGGAGGUUAUGAAUUUUAGCUGUAUUAUGCAAGAUUCAGAUAGAAUUUUUGCAUUGCACUAAAGGUAAUCAGGGUUGGUAGUAGGAGGAAUCAAAUUUUAAGGAUACCUUUAAUAAUCAGUUUUAUGACCAGCAGUGUAUUUUCCAUUUGGAAAAAAAAUGUGAAAUAUUCCUUUUAUGUUACAACAUGAAUAAUUGAUGAAUAGAUCCAAAAAUGAAAUGUAAAAUGUGGCUGAAAUAUUCUAUUAUAGAAAUUAAAGACUAGUAAAAUUCUUUUGAAAAUUUAAAAUGUUUGGAGGUAUUGUAUGGAAAUGAUCUUCCGAGUAUUAACCAAAAUGCAUAUGUUUUUAUCAAGGUCCAACAAUAUAGUGUUGCCUCUGUUAGGUUCACUGGGUGAGUGAUUAGAUGGGUGGUCUCUUUCUUGGCGGAUUGCGCGGGGUUUAAAUGUGAACGAUUUGCAGCAUUUUGAAUGAAUCAUUUCAAAUUAUACAACUUUCAGAACCAUUGUUGACUUUCUUUUUUUUGUAUGCCUGAAAGCAGACUCCAAGGAAACAAAUUUACAUAAGCUUUCGGUAAAAGCCUGUUUUGUAAAUGUACAUGAAUACAGAAAUAAAUACUGUUUAAACCAAAUAUAAAUGAAACAGUCUUACACUUUUAAAGAGGAAGCAAGGAAAUCCUUGUUAUGUAAACAGUACAAUUAAACAGUAGGUAUAUGUAACAGAAGUUAGUUAAUUUUAACCCUUAUCAUGCUGAACAUGAUUGAUUUUGCCUUUGCGACCAGUGCAUAUCAUGAUCAGCCUACACUUCCAUGUAGUCUGAUCAUGAUCUGCACUGUUUGCCAUUCAGUCAGUAACUUUCUGGUAUGCACCCCUUUUAACAGUUGAUGGUACUGUCCAAAUUGAAAGAUGGACAAGUUCGUUAUAGAAAUUUAGCAGGGUAAGGGUUAAUUAUGGAGAGAUAGCGGAUUAAUAUUGUGGUGCUUCAGUUAACACGUUGUUUUAUAGAUAUAUACAUGUAUGUUGUUUCAUAAAUGAUAGUAGAACAGAUAUAGCAGAAUUUUGAUAGACUGUCUACAGUGACAGUACAUUUUUAAAUGCCUGGUUGUUGUUGUUGUGUUUUUUUUACUUAGUUUAUGCAUGUUUGUGUGCUUUUUGUCUCGUGGUCAAGAGAAAAAAAAUCACGUUUAAUGCUGUCAUUAAGUAUGUGCAAAAUAUUUUCUGAGGUUUGUCAGAGUUUUCAGGGUUACAUUAGAAGCAAAGCAUUAUGGGAGAUUGCAUAGAUACAUGAGCCGUGCCAUGAGAAAACCAACAUAGUGGCUUUGCGACCAGCAUGGAUCCAAACCAGCCUGCGCAUCCGCGCAGUCUGGUCAGGAUCCAUGCUGUUCGCUUUCAAAGCCUAGUGGAAUUAGAGAAACUGUUAGCGAACAGCAUGGAUCCUGACCAGACUGCGCGGAUGCGCAGGCUGGUCUGGAUCCAUGCUGGUCGCAAACCCACUAUGUUGGUUUUCUCAUGGCGCGGCUCACAUAUAUACAUUUAGAUACAUAUGCAGGCACAUUUUCAGAGUCUUGUUGAAACUACGGUAAUUGAUACAUUAAUAUAUCAGCAGUCUGUAUUAUAAAUUCAGAACCACCAACAUUUUUGUUAAUUUUGUGUUUUUGUAUUGGAUUGCUUUUAUUAUUUUUCAAAUAUGAAGAUGGGAAUUCAUUAAGCAUAUCUUUUUAAAAAAAGGACUUAUGAUAAAUACAAUGAAAAAAGCCUUAUUUGAGUGAAUGGUGAACAGUACUUGAUGGAAAAAAAAUGUAAAGAAUUGAACUUGUCAGAAAAUUUCAAUUUGGACAUAAUGAAAUUCCUACAUUUUUAUUGUUACGGCUUUUUGCAUCAUUUCCUGAAAACGUUUUCCCCUUAAAAUGAUUAGAUUUUUUUAAGUUUAUCAGAAUGAUUAAAGACUAUUGAUAUCCUUAUCUUCAUGAACAAUUUGGUGUCAGUAAAAGUAUUUCGAUACAAAAAUGAUAAAAAAAAACCUAUAUAAGUUUAUUCCACCAGUCAGUUUAGAGUUCAUUACCUUUUUGGGCAGGCGGUACAGGAGGAUUUGAUAUUAUGUGUAUUUCAGUCAUUUGUAUGUGAUAGGUUAUAGAAUUUUUUUGUCUUCCAGUAUGCAUUUUCACUUUUAAGAAAAGAAAGGUUCAUUUAUAAAGAAAUUAUUGACGAUAGUUUGAACUGUCCUGACAGAAAUAUUUCUGGUACAGUUACUUAACGAAAAGUGAUGGGAAUAAUUUUUCAUAGUUUGCUGUUGACUUUUACUUCCAGAAAAAUCAAAUUAUGCAUAUCUCAAGUUCUAUACCAGUUGGGAAAUUCAUUUCCAGUGAUUUGUAUAACAUAUUGUUUUAACCUUUAGCCUGCUGGCGGCAAGCGAUUAUAUGACUUUGUGACCAGUGCAGACCAAGAUCAGCCUGCUCUUCAGUGCAGGCUGAUGUGCAGGCUGAUCUUGGUCUGCACUGAUCACUAUUCAGUCUGUAAAUUUUCAUUGAACACCCCUUUGAAUAAUGAAUGGUCCUGCCCAAAUUGAAUGAUGGGCCAGUCCAUUUUAGAAAUUUAGCAGGCUAAAGGUUAAUAGAUGGCAAGUAUGAUGUAUGCCAACCAGACAGCAGUUUAUCAAAAUGGCAGAUAUUUAUUGAAAUAAUGUUAUAUUCAAAAUGCCCUGUGGCAGCUAAUUUGUUAUUUAAGUGAAAUUUUAUGGAAAGAGUGAACCCUAAUCAUGCUGAAUAUGAUUGAUUCUGCCUUUGCCACCAGUGUAGAUCCAUUAUCAAUGUGUAAAAGUCUGAGAUUUAGACUAAGACUUGAGAACAGUAAUUAUUAAAUUUGCAAUAACUUUGUUUGUACUAAAAAAAUAUAAAUUUAAUUUUGCUCAGAUGUCUGUAGCUGGAUAGGCGCAUACAUGAAAUGUUGCAUUAUAUUCAGUACUGAUAUAACACUGACAAAACGUAUAAAGGAAAUUGAGCAUUUUAAAGUUCAGAUUUACAGUGUUAAUGAAUAUGUGCCGAGGUCAUUCCAUCACAAGCCCAUUACUGCUUUACAAUGAUUAAUAUAAUAUGGAUAUCUAAAGUUGUCCAUUUUAUUUUGGGCGGUUAUUGUUAUCUUGUUUUAAUCAAAUUAAAGCAGAUUUAAACUCUCAAAAUAGGUUUUAUAUGUGUUUUGUAAAGAAGUUUUUUUAGCCCGUCUGCUUAGCUCAAUAGGGAGAGCGUAGAUCUACGGAUCGCGAGUUCAAUCCCCGUUGUCCGUGACGACUUGUUAAAGAUAUUGUGUCUGACAUCAUUCGUCCUCCACCUCUGAUUCAUGUGGGGAAGUUGGCAGUUACUUGCGGAGAACAGGUAUGUACUGGUACAGAAUCCAGGAACACUGGUUAGGUUAACUGCCCACCGUUACGUUACUGAAAUACUUUUGAAAAAUGGUGUUGAACCCAAAACAAACAAACAAAAUCUCAAGUCUUCAGAAAGUAAAGUUUUCACUUUUUACAUGUCAGAAUUUUAUUGAAAAAAUAUAAUUUUUUCUUGUAUGUAUACCUGGAUAAUUACAAAGUCUUCAUUUGUCUGAAGACACUACAAUAUUGUUGAUUUUGAUAUCAUACAAUCAGAACUGCUUUGUUGUGAAAUUAUUACUUUCAUUUUUAUCAAGUAUUUCUUAUCCUGUUAGCUUAAAAAGCCCAUUUUUCCCAUUUGUAAAUUUUGUUACCUUUCUGAAAUGAAUGUGUGUGACAUAGUCACUGAAAAAAAGUGAAAAUUGGUUACAUACUUAUCAUGAAACAUACUGUAUUUGUUGGAAGAAUUGUAUUGAUUUUUAGCCUGAAAAUUGAGCUUUUUGUAAAUUCUUUAAUUUUAUUCCUGGUGAAUUCAUUUUGCAAUUUUUCUGUUUGUAGAUGGGAAUACUGAUGGUGAUUUUAAUAUGUACAUAUGAAAUGGGUACAUCUUGCUUUAAUUUUUGUUGUACAUUCAUAGUGAAUUGUACUUGUGUUCAUUUUAGUUCAUUUCAUUUUUCAAUUGCUCUUCAUUAUUCAAAUUUUAUUCAUGUCAAUUUUACAUAUGAAGGAAAAAAUAACAUGCCUUACAUUG